AUAUUUGUACGUGUUUCAGAUACUAYAUAUUGAUAAUUGAAAUAUAUACAUCAUGUUUUUCAAUAAUAUGAUGAUGGCCAUCAAGAUUUGGACAUUUCUCACGAUGUUCACCUGUGUGGUGUACGGUCAGAGAAAACCACCAAAUUACCAACAAAAUGAAAUGCCRCCRACCAGUUUCAGCUGCAAGGAUAAAAUCGUGGGAGGAUACUACGCGGAUCCCGAAACGUCUUGUCAAAUGUUCCACGUCUGUGUGAACGUUGUUGGAACCGGGGUGAACGUUUACGUAGGUUUUAGCGGAGCUCCAGCCACAUCAGGCAAAGCCACACCAAUACCAUUGGGCCCAUCCAGCGCAUCACCGAACGUAGCAGCCCGACCACAAUCCAGUCCUAGAAGACCUUCACUCUCCGCUCCCGUUAACAACGCAGUGUCGGAGAACGAUGAUGAUUUCUACUUGCAGAGGAGCGAUGUCUCUGACAGUCAGCUCCAGCAYGACCUUUUGCGGGGCAGCAGCUCGGGAAAUUUCUUCAGCAACAAGAACAGAGGCGUCGAGAACCCAGACGACUACGAUGAWGGUCGGGUGAUUACUUCAUCUAAAGAUGUGCCAAAGAAAAACACUAAAGCACCAUUCAGAAAACUAUUAACAGGCAAGAAACCCGUUUCCGAAUCUGCCACGAGUGCUCCGAGCACUGCCUACGGCACCACUGGCACCACCGCCGCCGCUGCUACAAUCACAAGCACAGUCAGGCAGCCCAAUUACAAGCCAACCACGUACCGGAGCAAAGACCGCGGCCGUGUGAACUACAAGACGUACUUAGACAAACAAACCAAAGCUGAUGAAUAUGACAGUCAAAAAGUAGCAAAGCCCGCCACCACCAUCCAAUCCACGACGUUCGCUCCAUCAACCGGUAAUACGUACCGUUCACAACCUACUGUGACYGCAACUGCCAUCGACAACACAUAUCAGACCACGCAGKUGUCCAAUGUUGUACAGCAAAAUAAUCAGCCAAAAAACAACGAUUUCCUACGAAUUACACCAUCAAGAAAUAAUAACAACAUCGGUGGUGGUUUCCAAUCAGCCCGGAUUAACGUGGCGCCUCCUACUAACUUCCAGACGAAUAACGGGUUCCGUCAGACGAACGACCAGCCUCAGAMUUUCCAGCAAAAUGCCAUCAACUACAACCAAGGUUUCCAGUCGGAUAAAACUACUUACUCCACAACCACGCAAAACUUGAACCCAGCAAAUUUCCAGUCAGACAAAAUCUUUACGACGACACAAAAAUACAUACAGAACCCAUCAACAAACACCUUCCAGUCAUUCCAGCAACCCAAUAAUUUCCAGCAACCCAACAACUUUCAGCAACCCAACAAUUUCCAGCAACCCAACACUUUCCAGCAACCCAACACUUUCCAACCAGCUAACAAUUUCCAAACCGUGACUCCCACUACGCAAAAAUACAACUCAUAUCAGCCUUCGUCACCGAUCGCAUACCAACAGUCCACAAAUGUGUUCCAGUCGUCGACACCAAACAACGCGGGCAACUCGUUCCAACAGUCGUCCCAGCAACCACUGUUCCAGUCCACCACCGAGCACUUUUCUAAAGACUUCAAAGCCAAGUUUGACCCAUACAACAGCUACCACCAGAGCACAAAUGAGGAAGCUGGUGAGACACUGAAGACGGCGCAUAGUACGAACCUGAGGCCGAGCGAACUUAAUGCACUCAUCCAACCAAGGCCCAAGUCGAUAAACGCCACGCUGUCCGUCGGGUUUAGUUUCAACAAGGUGGACGGGGGAGUGGCCAAGUCCACCGUCGUUGUACCUGCACCGACCACGCAAAAGCCAAGGCCUUUCACCACGCAACAGCCUCCUUCGACGACGCAAUUUGUCACCGCCAGCUCAACCACGGCUUUCGUGAGCGCUGGGCCGAGCGGUAGUGCCAAAAAGGCCGUCACCAAAGACAAGGACUCGUCAUAUGAUUAUGCGUACUACGACGACAGCAACCAUAACGAUUACACCGACGUGGUGCACGAAGAAUUUUCUAGAAUUCGCAACUAGAAAAUGUUUAAGUAAAUACUUAAAUACCCCUCCCCCCCACAAACUUUCAAAAGCCUUUAAAUUGUAAGUUUUUGUAAAUAAAUCGUAGGUUUACGUCUAAAAUAUAUAAUAUUAUAAAAUUUAAUAAAAAAUACGUUAUAAUGGUAUAUUAUAUUCUUUGGCCACGUGAAGCAAAUUCUUCAGUGCCAAUCAGUUCGACAACGAUAUGUUGGUCAAACGUAGGUUUGAACAGACUUGAGGUUCGCCCAAACACCUUCUAUAUGAACCCGAGUAAGCGCUUCCAAAAUAUUCGUCCCCCUCUUCCCACAAGAACUCAUUAAGCUCUUGGUUAUCAUUCAGGUGAAAAUUCUAAUACACGCUUAGCAGAAUCCGGCUGGUAUGAUUGUAUAACCAGAUGGUUCACCGAGUUUAGUUAUUCGUGAACAAUCGAAAUAUAUACAAAACUGGCGGUAMAAUUUGCAGUGUGCAAAAAACGUUAAUUUUUUUUAAAUGACUGUUAAUUUAUAUUAUUGAAUUAUCGAUGCAAUAUUAUUUUUAUUGUAUUUCUCUUAGCCACAAGUGAACAAAAAAUA